AUGACCGACCAGAAAAAUCCCGUUCAUGUUCUCAUUAUAGGGUCAGGAAUCGUCGGCCUCCUCAUUGCCCAGGGGUUGAAAAAGAUCGGCAUUUCUUUUUCUAUCUUUGAGUCGGAGGUCUCCGCCACAGCCUACCGACCGCGAGAAUGGGGCAUGUCGGUACAAUGGGGCCUGCCGAUGCUCGCCGACUGCCUGCCCCAAGACCUGUUCGAUCGAGUCUACGAGGCUGCCGUCGACCCUACCUUUGUGCCACCCGACCCCGGCCAUCUCCCAGCCAUCAAUGGUCAGACCGGGGAAGUGAUGAAGAACAUUCCCCUGCUGCGCAUGUAUCGCGUUUCCCGUCGGCGGUUCAGGAAACUGUGCUCCGAGGGUAUAGACGUCCAGUAUAAUAAAAAGCUUGUCGAUAUCACCUAUGACGAUGAUAACUCUACCGUGACAGCUGUUUUCGAGGACGGAACACAAGCCACAGGUACCACACUGAUAGGAGCUGAUGGGGCCCAGUCCCAGGUCAGAAACAUUAUGUUUGGAGAAGAAGGCCAGCCCUGCAGCGUCCCUUAUUCCGCUGUCAAUCUGCAUGUCUGUUAUAAUGAUGCCGAGAAAGCCAAGUUCGUUCGCCAGGCUCAUCCCAUCAUGGCCAUGGGCAUGCAUCCAAAUGGAUAUUGGCAAUGGAUUUCGAUACAAGAUGUACCGGACCCUGAUGAUCCAGCAACCUGGGUAUUCCAGCUGCAGACCACAUGGCACAAGAAAGAAGGGGAAGAGGUGGCUUCGCUGGCCAAUUUGAAGGCUAAGGCUGAGACCAUGGGUGAGCCCUUCCGAUCUGCCAACCUGUGGAUUCCUGAAGGAACAAAAGUCCACAGCAAUAAUCUGUCAUACUGGAUUCCCCGGCCCUGGGAUACUCGUAGAGGCAGGAUUCUCCUUGCCGGAGAUGCUGGUCAUCCCAUGACCUUCCAGCGUGGCCAAGGUUUGAAUCACGGCAUUGCAGAUGCCAGAAGUCUGGUUCUCAAGUACAAGGAUGCCCUGUCCGGAUUGACGACCUUUGAAGAAGCUGCCGCUGCAUAUCAAGUCGAGUUGGUAGAUCGCGCAGGCGAGGAGGUUCGCUUGUCCAAGGAGAACACGGAAAUGCUUCACGACUGGGAGCGGAUGGCGAAAUCGCCCAUCAUGCAGCGUGGGGGUCAUCCAAGAGGAGAAGAGCCAGACGCAAAAGCUAGUACGGACUGA